AUGAAGGCAAAGCAGAAAUGUAUUCUGACUGGGCAAAACAAUCCUAGAUUGGAAAGCAAGCCACACUGGGCUGUCCAGUAUAAGCAAACCAAAGGAGGUAAAUACUGGCCUCUUUAGUGACAAUGAUCUUGUUGGUCAUUUUUGAGAGUGCUCGGUGCCAAAAAAGGGAGUGACAGAAGCACAAAAGGGAAGAAGUUGAAGUCAACAACAGGCAAGUUCAGCAAGUUAGGCGAUCGAGGGAGUACUUUUCUUGGUGCAGAUGCACAAGGCAUAUGUACAGAAACCAGAUGGCAAUUCCAGUCUUCACCAAUGGAAACAGAGGUGGAUUUAGGAAAGCACAACCAGUUUGCCAGCACUGGGCAUCAAGCCAAGAGGGCACUGUAAGGGGCAAGGAUGACUUGGAACAGAAGAUGAGAGGCAGAGGGAGCGAAAAAUUUUGAGAAUUGCACAGGGUGCCACUGAAAUUUUAGACCCCAAAGUCCACCACUGCUAAGAACAUGCACAUAAAAAUGCUGGUGUUGUGGAGGAUUGGUAAAUAACCACAAGUAUUGUCAUAGUACCAUGUUCUCCAUUGUUUCCUCCUCCCUUGAACAUAAGGGGAAAGUGGCUUCUCUAAAUCAUGGUCUUCAUGAAAUUGCUGGUAUUUCACUACAAUUUGUAAUUCAUUACAGUGAUACCUGAAGGACUUUUCAGGACUGGUCCUGAGACAUUUUGCUGCUAGAGGCUAUCCCCAGACACAUCUGAGUUGGCAUCUGAGAACAUUGCACCCUUGCUUUAGGAUCAACUCCAUGCCUUUGUUUAAGGAACUUUUCCCAACCUGGUGCCCUCCAGAUGUUUGGAACUACAUCUCCCACUCCCAUCCAGCACAACAUGGUGGGAAUUGUAGUCCAAAAAAUCUGGAUGACAUCAGAUUGGAGGAGGCUUGUUUGAAGUCAUGCCAUCUCAGAACUUGUGUACAAUUUAUCUUCCUCUCUCGACCCUGAUAACUUUAGCCUGAUAAACCGUUACAACAGUUGGCUGAGAUACCAUCAUAGAGGAAGGGGCAGAGAAGACUGUGUAACGAAAGUUAUUUCUUAUAUGCAUUGGGAGUCUUGUGCCUCUUAUAUGAAGCUCUUCUUUAUUUUGCCCAAAAUGUUUUCCUGCAUUGCAGGGGGUUGGAGUGAAUGAUCCUUAGGGUCCCUUUAGACUCGACAAUCCUAUAUUUCUAUUCUUCUUCUUGAAGCAGUAGCAGGUGAGUAGUGCUAAUUUCUUUCCUGGGCUACCUAUAACAAGUGAGUUAGAAGCUUUCCAUACUGGAAUUGUAUAGGCACUUACUUUUAGUGAUUAUCCCUUCUGAUCCUCAUCCCUUCUGCUUGCAGACAUAGUGCAGAGAACAGGGAAGAAGGAAGAAUCCAAAAGAAAAUAUUUCAUUAUGGCUGAGCAGAGCACAGCAGCAUCACUUGGUUUAACCAUUGAUGGGUUUUCUGGAGACUACAGCCCUUCAGCAUUCCCAGAGGAAGAUGAUGAUUCUGAACUUGCUUCCUUCACACAUUACCUGUUUCUCUUUGCCUGUCUUUUCAUUAUUACCCUUGCAAUAUUCAUAUGUGGCCUGGUGGGGAAUGCAAUUGUCAUCUGGUUUCUCUGCUUCAUCGUGAAGAAGAAUCCCAUCACCACCUACAUCUUGAACUUGGCUGUAGCUGAUUCUUGUGUCCUUGUAACUUUAGCACUUGCAAUUUCAGCUAGCUUUUGGGAUGUAGGAGGAAUUUCCUCUGGGCUGGGUAUUGAACUGUUUAUUUCCACACAUGCCAUUAGCUUAUAUCUACUGACAGCCAUCAGUGCCGAGAAAUGUCUCUCUGUUGUCUUCCCAAUCUGGUAUCGAUGCCACCGUCUAGAACACCUGUCUGAAAUUGUUUGUGCAUUAAUAUGGGCAAUGUCCAUUCUGGUCUUUGGAAUCUAUCACUUUUUAAUUUCGACUGAAUCUGCAGACUUUGACAUACUGAUUUGUGUCGUUCAUAUGAUCAACUCUGUAUUUUGCACACUUGUUGUGGUCAUCUGUACUGUGAUCCUUUCCAUCAAGGUCUGCUGCAGUUUACAUCGACGCCAACGAGGAAAGUUUUACACAGCGCUCUUGCUUGCUCUUCUUUUCUUCCUCAUUUUUGGUGUUCCACUCAGUGUCAUAAUAACUGUUCAAUAUCUUCUUGGUGAUAUUAAUAUAAUAACGACAUUAUUUGGAGUAGUAUCUGCUGUUAUCAACAGCAGUGUUAAUCCAUUCAUUUACUUCUUAAUUGGAAGGAAAAAAGACGCAUCGAUCCAGGGAACCCUUGAAGGUGGUGCUGGAAAGAGUUUUUAGUGACAAAGCUGAUUGCAGAGAAGAUCACAGUCUUCCAGCCGCAACAGAUUCAAUGAUGAUGACUCCUUAAGUCUCUCCUUGUAAGCUAAGCUGUGGGGAUGGCAUUAGAGAUGACCAACAAUAUAGGUUUAUUCUUAAAAAAAGGUCUGUAGAUUGGUGUUUUUCUGCUUCUUUUCUGCAACUUAUAAUCAUGGGUGUUUAUCUCUUAAUGUUUGCUUCUUUAGUUUUUAUACUUGUAAUUUGCUUAGUAGCCAACAUGAACAUCAGAUGGCAUAAAAAUUAAUAAAGAAAAAUUAAUCAUUCACCAAGUGGGAUUUGUUCAAAUACCAAGGGCUCCAAGGCUUCAAAGGCAUAAGCAGGAUUCUUUUCAACUCCAUCCCUUUGGAAACUCUUCACACCCUUGGGGUGAAAGUGUGAAUUUAACACACCUGGUCAUUACGUGUGAAGCUUGAGCUGCUGAAAAAGCCCAUCUGGUCUCCUGGCAGAACCUCCUGUAUCUCCAAUCCAACCUGGUUCCACCACAAAUAAUAUUGUUACAGGUUUGUGGGGGAACAAGGUAUCCCCAGAUCCCUGUGUGUCAGAUUCCCUCCUAUAUAUUCCUGGAUAUGUUCUGGGAAGAGGAAAGAGAACAAAGGUGAGAACUACAUGAGUGCAGGCUGCAACCUAGAGAAUAGCUAGCAUAGCUGACUGCUCUGGACUCAAGCUGACUGAAGCUAUGAGAGAAGCAGCAAGAGACACUCUUGGGGAGGGAGGUUCUGCACUCCCUCCAACUAAGCUCAGGUGUAAAUAUGAGUAAAGAAACCACAUUCCUUAAAGACUCUGCAGACUCCACUGCAGAAGAAGUUCCACUGUAUCCUUUGGCUGUAAUCCAUUAUCUUUGUGCUAUGAAAACUUAAACUAGUUGAUGUGUCCACAUUGAACAACUUGUGCUCACACAACUACAGGGCCAUCUGUUCUAAACUUUUCCAAAUUUGCUGGCAACCUUAAAUACAAGGGUAGUCAAGAAAAAAAGAACAUCGUUACAAUGAUACCUGAAGGCCUUUUCAGGAUUGGUCCUGAGACAUUUUGCUGCUAGAGGCUGUCCUCAGACACAUCUGAGUUGCCAUCUAAGAACAUUGCACCCUUGCUUUAGGAUCAACUCCAUGCCUUUGUUUAAGGAACUUUUCCCAACCUGGUGCCCUCCAGAUGUUUGGAACUACAUCUCCCACUCCCAUCCAGCACAACAUGGUGGGAGCUGUACUCCAAAAAAUCUGGAUGACAUCAGAUUGGAGGAGGCUUAUUUGAAGUCAUGCCAUCUCAGAACUUGUGUACAAUUUAUCUUCCUCUCUCGACCCUGAUAAUUUUAGCCUGAUAAACAGCUACAACAGUUGGCUGAGAUACCAUCAUAGAGGAAGGGGCAGAGAAGACUGUGUAACCAGAGUUAUUUCUUAUAUGCAUUGGGAGUCUUGUGCCUCUUAUAUGAAGCUCUUCUUUAUUUUGCCCAAAACUUUUUCCUGCAUUGCAGGGGGUUGGAGUGAAUGAUCCUUAGGGUCCCUUCAGACUCGACAAUUUUAUAUUUCUAUUCUUCUUCUUGAAGCUGUAGCAGGUGAGUAGUGUUAAUCUCUUUCCUGGGCUCCUAUAUAAAAUGAGUUAGAAGCUUUCCAUAUUGGAAUUGUGUAGGCACUUACUUUUAGUAAUUAUCCAUUCUGAUCCUCAUCCCUUCUGCUUGCAGACAUAGUGCAGAGAACGGGGAAGAAGGAAGAAUCCAAAAGAAAAUAUUUCAUUAUGGCUAAGCAGAGCACAGCCACAUCACUUGGUUUAACCAUUGAUGGGUUUUCUGGAGACUACAGCCCUUCAGCAUUCCCAGAGGAAGAUGCUGAAUUUGAACAUUCUUCCUUCACAUAUUACCUGCUGCUCUUUUUCUUUCUUUUCAUCCUUACAAUAUUCAUAUGUGGCCUGGUGGGGAAUGCAAUUGUCAUCUGGUUUCUCUGCUUCAUCGUGAAGAAGAAUCCCAUCACCACCUACAUCUUGAACUUGGCUGUAGCUGAUUCUUGUGUCCUUGUAUUUUUAGCAUUUUCAAUUUCAGCUAGAUUUUGGGAUGUAGGAGGAAUUUCCUCUCAGCUGGGUUUUGAACUGUUUAUUUCCACACAUGCCAUUAGCUUAUAUCUACUGACAGCCAUCAGUGUCGAGAAAUGUCUCUCUGUUGUCUUCCCAAUCUGGUAUCGAUGCCACCGUCUAGAACACCUGUCUGAAAUUGUUUGUGCAUUAAUAUGGGCAAUGUCCAUUCUGGUCUUUGGAAUCUAUCACUUUUUCAUUUUAACCCAAUAUGCAGACUUUGACAUAGUGAUUUGUGUCGUUCAUAUGAUCAGCUCUGUAUUUUGCACACUUGUUGUGGUCAUCUGUACUGUGAUCCUUUUCAUCAAGGUCUGCUGCAGUUUACAUCGACGCCAACGAGGAAAGUUCUACACAGCGCUCUUGCUUGCUCUUCUUUUCUUCCUCAUUUUUGGUGUUCCACUCAGUGUCAUAAUAACUGUUCAAUAUCUUCUUGGUGAUAUUAAUAUAAUAACGGCAUUAUUUGGAGUAGUAUCUGCUGUUAUCAACAGCAGUGUUAAUCCAUUCAUUUACUUCUUAAUUGGAAGGAAAAAGACGCAUCGAUCCAGGGAACCCUUGAAGGUGGUGCUGGAAAGAGUUUUUAGUGACAAAGCUGAUUGCAGAGAAGAUCAGAGUCUUCCAGCCGCAACAGAUUCAAUGAUGAUGACUCCUUAA